AUGAAGGCCUCCGUCGCUGCUGCCAUCGUGGCUUUCGCCGUCGCCGUCUCCGCCGGUCCCAGCAAGCCUUCUCCCAUGAACUUCUUCAACCUGAACAAGCGGGCGAGCUUGCCUAUCCCGGCCUCCAAGGGCUCCCAGACGCUCAAGGAGCCCAUGGAGAUCACUGGCACCUUUGACGGUGGUCUCAAGACCUACGGUCGUGGCGUGUCUUGCACUGGCCAAGCCGAAGGCGGAGAUUCUGACGCGGUCUUUAUUCUAAAGGAUGGCGCUACUUUGAAGAACGCGAUUAUCGGAGAGGACCAGGUCGAGGGUGUCCACUGCGAGGGCAGCUGCACCAUCGAGAACGUUUGGUGGGCUGCUGUCUGCGAGGACGCGCUUUCUCUCAAGAAAGAUGGUGACGCAACUGUGAUCGGUGGAGGAGCUACCGGCGCCGAAGAUAAGGUCAUCCAGCAGAACGGCGCUGGAACUGUCACUAUCGACGGCUUCACCGUUGACACCUUCGGCAAGCUAUACCGCUCCUGCGGUAACUGCAAGCAAUCCGCCGAGCGCCAUGUUAUCAUGAAGAACGUCAAGGCCUCCAACGGCAAGCUCCUUGCUGGCAUCAACCCUAACUUCGGAGACUCCGCCACGAUCGACGCUACCAACUGCGCCAGCUCCGUCAAGGUCAUUUGCGAGGAGUUCAAGGGUGUUGCUUCUGGCAGCGAGCCAGAGAGCGUUUCCAAGGGCCCCUCCGACGCCUGCAUCUACAAGGAGCCUCUCUCUUCUUGCUAG